AUGAAGAACCAGCCGGCCAACACCAAGCAGAACCAGCCGGCCAACACCAAGCAGAACCAGCCGGCCAACACCAAGCAGAACCAGCCGGCCAACACCAAGCAGAACCAGCCGGCCAACACCAAGCAGAACCAGCCGGCCAACACCAAGCAGGACCAGCCGGCCAACACCAAGCAGGACCAGCCGGCCAACACCAAGCAGGACCAGCCGGCCAACAUCAAGCAGAACCACCCGGCCAACAUCAAGCAGGACCAGCCGGCCAACAUCAAGCAGGACCAGCCGGCCAACAUCAUGAAGACCAGCCGGCCAACACCAAGACCAGCCGCCAACACCAAGCAGAACCAGCCGGCCAACACCAAGCAGAACCAGCCGGCCAACACCAAGCAGAACCAGCCGGCCAACACCAAGAAGAACCAGCCGGCCAACAUCAAGCAGGACCAGCCGGCCAACACCAAGCAGAACCAGCCGGCCAACACCAAGCAGGACCAGCCGGCCAACACCAAGCAGAACCAGCCGGCCAACACCAAGCAGGACCAGCCGGCCAACACCAAGCAGAACCAGCCGGCCAACAUCAAGCAGGACCAGCCGGCCAACACCAAGCAGAACCAGCCGGCCAACACCAAGCAGAACCAGCCGGCCAACACCAAGCAGGACCAGCCGGCCAACAUCAUGAAGAACCAGCCGGCCAACACCAUGAAGAACCAGCCGGCCAACACCAAGCAGAACCAGCCGGCCAACAUCAAGCAGAACCAGCCGGCCAACACCAAGCAGAACCAGCCGGCCAACACCAAGCAGAACCAGCCGGCCAACAUCAAGCAGAACCAGCCGGCCAACACCAAGCAGAACCAGCCGGCCAACAUCAAGCAGAACCAGCCGGCCAACAUCAAGCAGAACCAGCCGGCCAACACCAAGCAGGACCAGCCGGCCAACACCAAGCAGAACCAGCCGGCCAACAUCAAGAAGAACCAGCCGGCCAACACCAAGCAGAACCAGCCGGCCAACACCAAGAAGAACCAGCCGGCCAACACCAAGCAGAACCAGCCGGCCAACACCAAGCAGAACCAGCCGUCCAACACCAAGCAGAACCAGCCGGCCAACACCAAGCAGAACCAGCCGGCCAACACCAAGCAGAACCAGCCGGCCAACACCAAGAAGAACCAGCCGGCCAACACCAUGAAGAACCAGCCGGCCAACACCAAGCAGAACCAGCCGGCCAACACCAUGAAGAACCAGCCGGCCAACACCAAGCAGAACCAGCCGGCCAACAUCAAGAAGAACCAGCCGGCCAACACCAAGCAGAACCAGCCGGCCAACAUCCGCGGAACACCUCCUCCUGCUGCGGCCCACCUGACGCCUGACCUCCAAACGUGA